AUGGCCAGCUACGUGCGCAUCGGCAUGAUGGAAACAUUUCGUGCAGCGACCGUUGGAGUGUUCCAAGGUUAUGUAUUGAUUGACCUUUGUUUCGACAUCGAGAGCUUGCGCGGGAAGUUCUCGAGCAGCAAACCUUUCUACCUUGGUAGAGGAGAGCAUCCAGCAUUCCCGGAUCGUCUUCUGAUCCUGCAGCUUCCCAUGCUGCUGGCAUUGGCUUCUAUGCUGUAUGUCAGCCUGGUGCGUGACCGAUGUUGGCCAAACGCCAUUGCCUUGGUGUUGCUGCUGGGGUCGCUCUUCGCUGGAAACCAGGUACUGAAACUUCGUGAGUCGAUGGCUUCGCAGAAAUCAGACGGCGCGGUGCAUGCAGCCUUGGUCGAAGUCGCAUGGCUUCACGUCUUGAUGUUCGCAAUGCUGAGCCUUUGCUUGGUGUUACUGUGUGCUGCUGGAGUCCGGAGCGACAAGCAGAAAGUCACAUGA